AUGGAAGACGAACGUUCCAAUGAUAUGUGUCCGGUCUGUAAAACGGACCGGUACCUUUCGCCCAAUAUGCGAUUCCUCAUCAACCCGGAGUGCUACCACAAGAUCUGCGAGUCAUGUGUGGACCGUAUCUUCUCUUUGGGUCCUGCAAAGUGUCCCUACCCUAAAUGCAACAAGACACUUCGAAAGAACAAAUUCAAGAACCAGCUCUUUGAAGAUAUCAAUAUCGAACGUGAGGUGGAUAUCCGUAAAAGAGUUCUGGCGGUCUACAACAAGAUCGAGGAGGACUUCGAUACCCUUCAAGACUACAACGCAUACCUCGAGAAGAUCGAGGAAAUGGUGUACAAUCUCACCAACAACAUCAACAAGGAAGAGAUCGAGAAGGAGAUAAGCCAGUACCAGACAGAGCAUAACAUCGAGAUUUUGGAGAGAGCCACUCGAGAAUCUCAAAAGAACGAGGACUGGACAAAGCUCCAGGAGGCCCAAGAAACACUUAGACAGGCCAAGCUUCAACUCAUCAAGGAUAAGGAGGAGGAGGGUGUCGCCGAGCAGAAGCAGCGGAGACUCAAGUUGGUGGAGUUGCUUCAGAACUCGGAUGUAGACCCCGAAGAAUUGAUGAAACAGCAUCGCGCAGAAACCUCGCAACGGUCCUCGCAGCGGGAGCGCGACAUCAAGACCCUCAGUAAACAACUCGAGGAGAAGAUUCUCCAGGCUGCCGUCAAUGCCCAGGGCGGGGUGGAGGCUGGUCCUCAAACCCCAUUCACUCCAUUCUGUGGAGACAGAAAUCAAUUCAGCAACUACACUCUAUUGGGCAAGCCUGCCAACGAUCUUGUCGAUAUUACAGACUCAUACCACGAUCCAUACGUCAAUAAGUUGGCUCAAAAUAGAGAAUACUUGGGUAGUGGAUGGCGCCUCAAGACUGUCUACGAAAGGGCUUUGGACGAGGCUUUCAUGGGCCUCAAUUGUUUCAUAGAUAUCGAGAAAGCAGAGCAGUCUCAAGCACAAGACAGCGCGCCUCUCGCUACAUAA